GGGAAGAAGUUAAGUUUUGUUGUAUCUUGAGUCUUUGAAAAUUUGCCAGUGGAUAGCAAAAUGAAUAACCAAGCAUAUUCCUUAUUAUGGAACACCAAACAAUUGAGUACUUUAGUUCCAAGAAGCAGAUUUUUGAGGAUAUAUCCUCUGAGGUUUUGCAGACCAGAAAUUGUUCAUUCAAAAUGGAACCCAAGAAACCAUCUGUUAAAUGGUUUUGGUGAGGGACUCCAGCCAUCCGUUAGAUACCACUUUCAGGGUGCUUUGAAAUCAGUAGAUGGUUGUACUCAAACUAAAGGUGUAAGCUGGGCAGCUGCCUUUAAACUUGACAGGGCAUUGUGUCCUAGAAGACUGUUCUCUGACUCAGGACAUUUUCUUGCUUCUGAUGGGGCAUCUGAUCAUGAUUUAAUGAAAACAAACUCCCAUCAUGCCUCUGGUGAAGAUGUGCUCUCCAAGAAAAUGAGACCAACCCCUGUGAAUCAUAAAAAGCUGGUCGAAGAGUGUAACUCUCUGAGUGAUGUGCUGGAUGCGUUUUCAAAAGCACCUACAUUUCCUAGUAGUAACUAUUUCUUAGCAAUGUGGACAAUUGCCAAAAGGAUAUCUGAAGACAAGAGGCGCUUUGAAAUACAACUAAUGUUCAAUCACCCCGCCUUUAGCCAGCUGUGUGAGCAAAUGAUGAGAGAAACCAAGAUUAUGCAUUAUGACCACCUUCUGUUCAGUCUGAAUGCUAUAAUGAAGCUUGGAGUCCCUCAGAAUACUCUGAUUGUACAGACUGUGCUGAGGGUGAUUCAGGAACGCAUCAAUGAGUGUGAUGAGAGAUGUCUUUCAAUAAUGUCAACUGUUUUAGAGACACUGGAACCAUGUGCCAAUGUGAAUGUGCUUCGAACAGGGCUGCGAAUCCUAGUUGAUCAGCAAGUUUGGAAGAUAGAACAUAUCUUCACAUUACAAACAGUGAUGAAAUGUAUCGGGAAAGACACACCAGUUGCUCUUAAGAAGAAAUUGGAGAUGAAAGCCUUGAAGGAGUUAGACAGAUUUUCUGUCUUGAAUAGCCAGCACAUGUUUGAAGUACUAGCUGCCAUGGAUCACCGCUCUGUUGUCCUUCUGAAUGAAUGCAGUAAGGUGGUCAUAGAUAAUAUCCAUGGUUGUCCUCAUAAAUUAUUGAUCAGCAUUCUGCAGUCCUGUAGAGACCUCCGAUACCAAAAUGAACAUCUCUUCAAGAGCAUAGCAGACUAUGUGGCUACAACUUUUGAAAUUUGGAAGUUGAAACAGGUUAUCUUUUUCCUCAUGUUGUUUGAAAACCUUGGUUUUCGACCUCCUAGUUUGAUGAACAAGCUUAUGGAGAAAGUAGUGGAGGAUCCUGUCUCUCUAAACCUCAGGAAUGUUGUUUCUAUCCUUCAUGUGUAUUCUUCUCUCAAUCAUACGCAAAAAGACCAGAACAGACAGUUCCUAGAAGCAAUGGCAAAUGCUCUGACUGUUCAUCUUCACCACAUCUCUUCCGAAAACCUAUUGAGUGUUGUGUAUUCAUUCUGCGUGCUGAAUUAUUUCCCCCUGGCCCUCAUUAACCAGCUUAUAAAAAAGAAUAUCAUCAACGAACUGCUGACUUCAGGUAACACAGAGAAGAAUAUUCAUAAGCUUCAUGUUUUGAAUACUUGUCUGAAACUUGACAAAAGCGCUCAUUACAAAGCUGUUCACAUACCGUUGCCACAGCUGCCACCGCCACUGUCACAUCCCAGUGACAAGGUUGCAGAGGCACUCAGCCACCUCCUGGAAGGUGAAGGGUGCUUCUCAAGAAAUGUGCAGUUGCCACACAAUUAUCACAUUGAUUUUGAAAUCAGAAUGGAUAAUAAAAGGACCCAAGUAUUUUCAUUUUCUGAUGUAGAUGCAACUUCUGGCACAAACAUACAGAGAGUAGCAGUGCUGUGUGUUCCUAAGUCUGCUUAUUGUUUGAAUUCAAACCACCCCAGAGGAUUGUUGGCUAUGAAAAUUCGACAUUUGAAUACAUUGGGUUUCUAUGUGAUCUUGAUCAAUACCUGGGAGCUGAGAAAACUAAGGAUGGAGGAUGCAGUAGCGUUUGUGAAGACGAAGAUCUAUUCAGAUGAAGCUCUUCCCACCACUGAUGCCACUGUGUAAAGCACAGAUUAAAGCAACAGGAACCUCUUGACACUGAAGCACACACAUUUGUGAAAAUGACUUUAAUAAAGGCUGUAAUUCAGUUGUCAAUGGAUAA